GAUGAUGAGGUGACUAAUUGUAGAUGUGUCCCUCCAUUCAUUUCUUUACACUUGCAUAAAAAAGGUUUUCGUCUUCUUCAUUUAAAAUAAUUAGAAAAGUCAAUCCUUUCGGUUGCCUUCUUCGUUUGGCAUUUCUCCAUAUUCAAUCAAUCAAUUAAAUAUUUUCUUGGUCAAAAAUUCCAUUCUCCACGAGAUUUACAUUGCUGCCAAAUACAAGCGCGUACACUUCCUCGUUCACAGGCAAUCAAGAAACACAGUAAAAUAAAAUUUUAUCAUAUUCUCUCUGCAUUUUUCUGCUCACUGUAACUACUCUGACCUUUGAAUCUUUUUGUUGGGUUUCUUGUUUUCUUAAUUUUCUGUAAUCAGCUGCUAUCUUGAUUUAGGAAAUUCUUUGAAGAUUAAAAUAAAAAAGGCAUAUUUGCAAGAAAGAUGGGAGGGGUUUGUUCUGGAGGAACAAAACCAAGACAUGCUAAAGUUGGAGAUGGAGAGAAUAAUAAAUCAGGAUUUUCUGGGAAACUGAAGUCAGUGAAAAGUUUUAGCAAGCUGAAAGAGAAAAAUUCUCAUUUAUAUAAUACCAAUAAAGAUGACGACUUUGGCAAAAGGACAACCCGGAGCAGGUAUAAUUCUGGCGAGCUACUAUUGAACUUCUCAAGAGAACUUAAGCCAUCAACGCCUGCUAGGGUAGGGGCUGUUAAGGAUAGCCAAAAGAGUUCUUUUAUAGGAAAAGCUGGUGCAGUGAGUCUGGAGAAAGCAGUUGAAGUUUUAGACACUCUUGGAAGCAGCAUGUCGAAUCUGAAUGCCCGAAGUGGCUUUGUCUCUGGCAUGGCUUCUAGAGGGAACAGAAUAUCCAUAUUGGCAUUUGAAGUGGCAAAUACAAUAGCCAAAGGUGCAAACUUGUUUCAAUCACUUUCGGAAGAAAAUGUCCAGUUCUUGAGAAAGGAGAUAUUGCAUUCAGAAGGGGUACAACAGUUGGUUUCCACAGAUAUGACAGAGUUGCUAUGUAUUGCAGCUUCUGACAAAAGAGAGGAAUUAGACGUAUUUGCACGAGAAGUAAUUCGAUUUGGAGAUCUAUGCAAAGACCCACAGUGGCACAAUCUUGGUCGAUAUUUUUCAAAAUUAGAUUCAGAAUAUUCUACUGAUAAACAACCUAGAGAAGAGUCAGAAAUGAUAAUGCAGGAGCUGACUACUUUAGCCCAGCAUACUUCUGAACUAUAUCAUGAGUUGAAUGCUCUGGACAGAUUUGAACAAGAUUAUCAGCAAAAGCUAGAAGAAGUGGAGUCCUUACAGCUCCCGAGAAAAGGAGAGAGUCUCUCGAUUUUACAAAGUGAGCUAAGACAACAAAGAAAGCUUGUAAGGAGCUUGAAAAAGAAAUCACUAUGGUCUAAAAGUUCGGCGGAGGUCAUGGAGAAGUUUGUCGAUAUUGUUACCUACUUGCACCAAAUUAUAGUAGACGCAUUUGGAAACAGUGGUGUUGGCUUGGCUAAUGAGAGGCCUGGCAAGAAUUCUCAGAGGCUAGGUGCAGCUGGUCUUGCACUGCACUAUGCUAAUGUUAUACACCAAAUCGAUAACAUUGCGUCUCGGCCCACCUCUCUUCCUCCUAAUACAAGGGACAAUCUAUAUCGUGGCUUACCAACCUAUGUUAAGAAAGCUCUGCGUUCCCAACUACAGAUGGUUGACAACAAAGAAGAGCUCACAGUAGUUCAGGUGAAAGCUGAAAUGGAAAAGACUCUGCAUUGGCUGGUACCAGUUGCCACUAACACGACCAAAGCACAUCAAGGUUUUGGAUGGGUCGGAGAGUGGGCAAAUACUGGAAAUGAAUUUGGCAAGAAUUCAACCACACAGAAUAACCUGAUCCGCCUUCAGACACUUUAUCAUGCCGAUAAGCAGAAAACUGACAAUUACAUCCUUGAAUUGGUAACAUGGCUUCACCGGUUGAUAAACUUAGUUAGACAUAGAGAUCAUGGUCUGAAAACUAUGCCUUUCCGAUCUCCAACUCGAAAGGGGAAGAUUUUCCACGCCAAGAUGCAGCGGCUAUUCUCCCUCAAUCACGACACUGCAGCCUACAGCAUUCAACUUUCUCAAGAAGAUAGAGAUUUAUUAAACAAGGUGUGUAGGAGAAGAUUGGUUCCAGGGAUAAGCAAGAGUCAAGAAUUUUCCAUAGCAAGGAAAAGAGAGAAAAUUUGGGCAUUCAGCAAGAGCACCGGAAGCUCUCCAGUUAGGGGGAUUGGUACAAGACAAAACGUGGAACCUCAAAACAUGUUAGAUGUUAUGGAUGGCUUGAAUUUCACAUAAUCUCAAUCUUUGAUCUAAUCCCAUUUUAAGUUGUAGGAGUUUGGGUUUCUCUUCUGAAUUAUUUUUUCAUGUAUAUUCAUUCGUUAAAUUCCCUAUUAUUGACUGACCCAUGUGUAUUUUGAUAUUUUUUUGUAUUACAUCAGUGAUAUAGUGAGAUAUAUGUUUAUAUGCAGCACCAA